AUGACUGUCCUUGUCUGCUCGCUGUUCCUUCCAAAGACGAUCCAGUUCAACCUGCCUGGCACACCUCCUCGAAGAAAUACCCUACAACGCCGGCCCAAGACGACGAUCCCGCCGCCACAACGGCCCACGGCCCCCGUUGUCGAGACGCAGCCAAGUCUCUUUAGUCCGCGACCCGUCAUCACGCCGCCUCGCACUCCCCCCGAUGGGACCGAAUCGCCGGAUCCUUUCGCCAACGAGGAUGGCCUAAGGAUUCAAUUUCCACACGAACUCAGUUCCCCCACGGACGAGAUAUCAUCUCGCUGGGGAAAACGCGCGAACCAGCCCCUCUCUCGAGCCAACUCCCCCCCUCCGGCCGAAAUAUUCGAACGAGACCGGACCUUGGAGAAGGCUCGUGAGCUCGGCCGUCGAGGCUUGCUGCAGCCCAAGACGCACAUGCGGAGUGACAGCCACGACCGUGUUUUCUCCCGUGCCCCGUGGUCCGUUGUGGAUGCUGACCAGGGCAAUGGUGGACUGCGCAAUGCGGCAGAAGCCGCAGCCCGCGAUGGAAAGCUCGGGGAUUACAUCUGGCUAGGAACUUUGGGAAUGCCUACAGAUGCUCUUGAGGGCACGCAGCAAAAGGUAGAUAUCGAGGACACUUUGGCAAACGAAUACGAUAUGAUGACUGUAUUCUGCUCCGACAAAGAUUUUGACGGGCACUACACCCACUUUUGCAAGCAAAUUCUGUGGCCAGUGUUCCACUACCAGAUCCCAGACAACCCCAAGAGCAAGGCUUACGAGGACCAUUCUUGGAAGUACUACGUCAAUGUGAACCAAGCUUUUGCGGAUAAGAUUGUCCAGAACUGGAAGCGAGGCGACGUCAUCUGGGUACACGAUUAUCAUCUGCUAUUAGUUCCCGGCAUGGUUCGAAAGAAGCUUCCUGAUGCCAAGAUUGGCUUUUUUCUCCAUGUCGCCUUUCCGUCGUCUGAAGUGUUCCGCUGUCUCGCUGUCCGCAAGGAGCUUCUAGAGGGCAUGCUCGGAGCCAACCUUGUUGGCUUCCAGAUCCAGGAAUACACACGACACUUUCUGCAGACCUGCAGCAGAAUUCUCAAGAUUGAAGCCACCCCUGAAGGAAUCGAAAUGGAAGAUCGCUUUGUCGAUGUUAUCAACACUGCAAUCGGAAUCGACCCGAUUAGUCUAAAUAAAAAUCGCGGCGAGCAGGACGUGCUACGAUGGCUCAAGAUUCUUCAGGAGAGAUAUAAGGGUAAGAAGCUCAUUGUCGCUCGGGACAAGCUUGACCAGGUGCGUGGUGUACGCCAGAAGCUCCUGGCCUACGAACUGUUCUUGAAUAAGAACCCACAGUGGCGAGAACAUACUGUCCUCAUCCAGGUGGCCCUUUCUUCGAGCCAAAAUAGCGACUUGGACGCCACCGUCUCGGACAUUGUCACCCGCGUCAACUCUUCGUGGGCCAACCUGGCUUACCAGCCCGUGGUAUACCUCAAGCAGGACAUCGACUAUGCGCAGUACCUUGCCCUCCUCACCAUUGCUGAUGCGCUCAUGAUUACAAGUCAACGCGAAGGUAUGAAUUUGACAUCUCAUGAGUACAUUUUUUGCCAGGAUGGCAAGAUCUAUCCCAGCUGCAAGCACGGGGCUCUUAUUCUUUCCGAAUUUACGGGUACUUCAUCACUGUUCGACAAAUGGGAGCUCUCCGUCAAUCCUUGGGACUACCGGCAAUGUGCUGACGCCAUCAAGCAAGCGCUUGAGAUGGAUGACGACGAGAAGACACGCCGAUGGGAAAACUUGCACGAGUCGGUUGCUCAACACACUGGCUCUCACUGGUUUGCGGAGCUUCUCUCUCACCUCGACCGGGCCUACGAGGAACAGCACAAGCGCGCGCAAACAUCCGUGCCUCGACUUUCCAUUCAGGAUGUCUGCAGGAUGUAUGGAACAUCGAAUCGUCGCCUGUUUAUACUCGACUACGAGGGGACGCUUGUCAGCUGGGGGCCCGUUAACCAGAUCAUCCCUGUCAGCCCGCAGCGGACUCUCGAUGUGUUGAAUGACUUGGUGUUGGACGAGCGAAACAUUGUCUACGUAAUGUCUGGUCGCCAGCCGGAGGAAGUUGACCGUGUGUUCCGACGAGUUCCUGGUCUCGGUCUCAUUGCUGAGAACGGUUGCUUCAUCAAGGACUGCGGCUCUGACAAGUGGGUUGAGAUGUCGGACAGCGCGCAUAUUGACAAUUGGAAGACGUCAGUCAAGGAGAUUUUGCGGUACUACCUCGAACGGACCCCAGGUGCAAAGGUCGAGGAGCGCCACUGCAGCGUGCUCUUCCACUACGAGGGGGCUGAGGACCAGGAGGCUGCAGCUCGUCUCGCCGCGGACUGCGCUAGCCAUGUCAACGACGCUUGCGAGUCACAGCGGGUGCACGCUGUUGUUCUGGAUGGAACGAUUGCUGUAGAGCCGCUGGACUGGACUAAGGGCACCGCUGCCCAAAUGGUGUUCGAAAAGCUCACCAGUCAAGCUUGCUCGGGGGGGAGGAGUGAAGGUAAAAAGGCAGUCGACUUUCUUAUGGUUGUUGGAGAUGGUAGGGAGGAUGAAAAGGUGUUCAAGUGGGCCAACAAAGUUGGCAAACGACGCAUUGUGGAAAAUGUUGUUACGGUCAGCCUUGGCAAUAGAAGCACCGAGGCAGCGGCUACAUUGACGCAAGGCGUGAGCGGUGAGUCGACACGGCUUUGA